AUGGGUCGGAAGAAGAAAGUAAUAUUGAAGCCAGUAGCGGUUUCCGAUGAGACGACGGUGGAAGACCUCCCUUCGAUCCAAGAAGUGGAGCCUGAGUUGACUACUGCUGAAGAGUUUCAUGAACCAUGUGCCGAUUUCGAGAUGGAUUGUGGAACUGAAGAGAUUUUGAAUCGCUCUUCGCCCAAAGCAGGGAACUGGGCUGAAGAGGUUGAGGAUGUCGAUUUUCAGAACUCUGCGAAGGAAAUUUGGAGUAAGUUCAAAACAAAUCAGGUUCUCACCCCUUCUACCCGUCUGGUUUAUACUGAACCUUUGAAAGUUGGUGAACAAAUUGUUGCUCGUCUGGACUUGGAGGAGGUGGAGAUUGAAGCCUCAUUUUGGAAAAAUGCUAUAGUAUGUAUUGUGCUUGGUGCCAACCCUCCCUUCAGAGUUUUUGAAGGUUUUGUCAAAAGAGUAUGGGGGAAACUAGGGGUUGAUAAGAUAGUAAGAAUGCACUCUGGUUUUACAUUGGUAAAUUUUAGGGAUGAAGUUACUCGGGACCUAAUUCUAGAAACGGGAGUCAUACACUUCGACAAGAAGCCUGUUGUCCUUCGCCCUUGGACAACAGACAUGGAUUCUGUGAGAAUGGUGAAGUCUGUCCCGGUGUGGAUUCGAAUGAAUGGUCUGGGUUUGCAAUAUUGGGGAAAAAAUAGUCUUAGUGCUCUAGUGAGUACAAUUGGCAAACCAAUUAUGGUGGAUAAGGUGACCCAGAGUAGAGAGAUGGUGAAAUAUGCUCGGGUUUUGGUGGAUAUGGAGAUUUCAGAUCACCCUCCUAACAGUAUUGCUUUUAUCAAUGAACGGGGGCAGUUAGUGGAACAAUCGGUUGAGUAUGAAUGGCUCCCUUCUAAAUGCACAGCUUGUACUCAGUUAGGGCAUAUAGUGGCCAAUUGUAACAAGGAAAAAGGAGUGGUUUGGCGAAAGAAAAUCUCUGUUGAGAAAGGAGAGAAGUCAGAUCAGGAAAUUAAUGGUUCUGAGACAGUUCAUGAGCAUCAAUCUGAAGUUUCCAUACCAGAAAACAUAGUGCAAACUUCUACUAGUAUUGAUGCAGAAGAGCGGGGUAAAAGCUUAUCUAAGGACUAUGAGUCAAUGGAGAGAACUGAUCAGGGUAUUCGCAUAUCAUCUCAGCUAGUUGGAACAGACAGAGUUGACAGUGCUGGCAAUUGGAUUACUCCCAAAAGGAGAGGGUCACGGGCAGGGGCUGCUCCUAACAAGACAGUAACAGCUCCUAACAAGGUAGUAGCAGCUCCAUUUAAGACUAAGGAAAGUAAUGGCUAUGCGGUUUUACUUGAGUCCGGGGGUGGACAAGUGGUCACUAAUUCAAACCUAAUUCUUGAUGGAGGUUUGUAA